AUGACACCUAAGGGGGCUACACUGAAGGGUCUCCCACCAUCAGUCAUGGCCACUGUGGUCAUGUUUCUCAUUCUGAUACCAGCUGCGGACAGUGCUAUCCAGAUAAACUGCUCUGAACCGAGCCAGCCCGCCCUGCUGGAGGCUCUGGCUCCAAUCUUUAACCUGAGCGCCAUACGACCUGUCAUGAACUUGACCACCCGCACCAACGUCAACAUAUCCUUCAUCAUGUAUGGGAUACUAGGAGUGUGGUGGAUGAACGAGUUUGUCCGCUGGGAUCCAAAGCAAUGUGGCUCCGAUAAGAUUUCUCUUCCCAGGAAAAAGUUUUGGGUGCCAGAUAUUGUCAUCAAUGAAUUUAUGGAUGAAAACACAGCCCCCUUUGUGCCGUAUGUGUACCUGUACAGCGAUGGUAGGGUGCACGAUGCCUCACCAAUCAGAGUGGUCAGUUCCUGUAACCUCGAUAUCUACACUUUUCCCUUCGAUAUACAGAACUGCACUAUGACUUUCAACUCCUACAUCCACCUGGCUAAGGACAUAAUGAUUGUCCUGGAUAGGGAUGCAGAAAACAUCACCAAGCUCUCCAAAAGCUGGAUGACCACCAUGGGAGAGUGGGAGCUGCUGGAUAUCACCACCCAUCACAGUGACAGAGAUAUCGAGGGGAAUUACAUUGAUGAGCUUGUAUUUCAUGUCAGAGUGAGGCGUCGAGCCACCCUGUAUGUGGUGAACCUGCUGAUCCCCAGCUGCUUCCUCAUCACAGUGGACCUCUUCAGCUUCCUGCUGCCCCCCCAGACUGUGGACCGUUCCUCCUUCAAGAUGACCCUCAUCCUGGGAUACACUGUCUUCCUGCUCAUCAUGAACGACCUACUGCCUAUCACCGGAAACACCAUUCCUCUCAUAAAUGUGUUCUUCUCCCUCUGCCUGGCUCUGAUGGUGACCAGUCUGCUGGAGACUGUCCUCAUCACCAACCUGCUGUGUGGCUCGGCCAACUUCUCUCCCGUCCCUCGCUGGGUCCGAGUGUUUGUUCUGGAAAUUCUGGGCCGUCUGGUUUGCCUGCCUCAGAAGACUAAAGAAAAGAGCAUGAGACCCUACGCUGAGGCAACACAGCAGAAAGCUGACGGGCCUCCAGAGGAGAAGGGGCCAGCGCUGGAGGACAAGGCCCUUCAGGAGCUCAGGAGCCUGGGUAGGGACCUCCAGGCCAUCCGCCUCCAGGUGCAGCAGCAGGAAGGAAGCCAGAGCUCGCAGGAGUGGAUCCAGGUGGGUUUCAUCAUAGACCGCCUGCUGUUCGGCCUCUACAUCCUCUUCGUAUCAGUCAGCUUCGUUACCAUCAUCAUAAUCUGGGGGAACUCAUACAGCCCAUAG